CCACGUACUGACAGACAUCACCGUCAUAGUCUUCAUAGCCAAGUGAUCGAUGGGGAUGCAAGCUUUUUCUGCUUGAUGUAUACGAGUGGGCCGUAUAUUCAACGCCUUGACGACAUCAAAAUAAUCUGGACAAACGCUGGCCGCUACGUGGAUGGUCCAUACCCCAGCCAUCGAGCAAACCGCGCGACCCAUCGCUCGCCAUGUCGCAUCUUCUUCGACGACAAGCGCAGGUACGGGGCGCGCUCCGCCUUUGUGAUAGAAGAGCAUUAGCCUUCAAGUCUGCGGUUCAAGCGUCUCUGGCGAGCAGGAGCUCUUCCUCAAUAGACCGCUGUGUGGUGCGAUCAACGACUCGAUGCUGCUUCUCUACGCAAUGUGUUUCUUCGCGGUCAGUGGCACCCUCGGGGCCGCUGUGGACCGCAGGGCGGCUACGACCGUCAGCAACUUUACAACCGAGGCUUCUCCAUGGGUACCGAAACAUGGCAGAGCGCGGUAAUGAUGAUCCAACAGCGCCGGCCACAGUCGGUGGGGGUCAAACGGCUGCGACAGCCAAAAUUCCACCGGUUCAGUUGCCAACAAGAAGCAAAGACGGCAAGGAAGAGGUUGCAGCAAAGCAGCUAGACGGGAACGAUCCUUUGCGGCUGAACGCGGCGUCCAAGACAACAAUUGAACAACAGCGUGCUGCAGACUGGGAUAUUAUCAAGAAGCUCAUGCAGCAUGUCUGGCCCAAGGGUGAUUGGAGUACCAAGCGGCGAGUGCUUUUGGCACUUGCAUUACUCUUUGGCGGCAAGCUUCUGAACGUCCAAGUACCGUUCUUCUUCAAAGUGAUCAUCGACAAGCUCAAUGAGACGGUCCAAGCUCCGUUGGACAUGACUAAUCCCAAUACCGUUUACGUUGUCGCAGGAAGUGCCAUUAUUGGGUACGGCUUAGCCCGUAUAGGUGCUUUAGUAUUCUCAGAGCUUCGGAACGCAAUCUUUGCAAACGUCGCCCAACGCUCGAUUCGGCGCGUCGCGAAGAGCGUCUUCACUCACCUCCUUGCGCUCGAUCUUGGAUGGCACUUGUCCCGACAGACCGGCGGUCUCACACGUGCAAUCGACCGCGGUACCAAGGGUAUAUCGUUCCUGCUCACCUCCAUCGUCUUCCACAUCGUUCCUACCGCACUCGAGAUCACCAUGGUCUGCGGAAUCUUGAGCUACAAAUGCGGGCCAACCUUUGCCGCUGUCACUGCCGUCACGAUGGCUGCGUACUCUUGGUUUACGAUCAAGACGACAAGCUGGCGCACGCGCUUCCGCAAGGAAGCAAACGCGGCGGACAAUCGCGCUGCGACAACUUCUGUCGACUCGCUGCUCAACUACGAAGCAGUCAAGUACUUUAACAACGAGAAGCACGAAGUGGACAAGUACGAUGCAGCCAUGAAGGAUUACGAAAAGAGCAGCGUCAAGGUCGCGACCAGCUUAGCUGCGCUCAACUCUGGGCAGAACAUCAUCUUCUCGACGAGUUUGACCGUGAUGAUGCUUCUUGCGGCGCAAGGUGUUAUGAAGGGAACGAUGACUGUUGGAGACCUCGUCAUGGUCAAUCAACUUGUCUUCCAACUCUCCCUGCCGCUCAACUUCCUCGGCACGGUAUAUCGCGAGCUGCGGCAAUCGCUUGUGGACAUGGAGACACUUUUUAACCUUGAAAAUGUCGACGUCAAGGUCAAGGACAAUCCGGAUGCACCACCGCUCCGUGUGACGGGCGGAGAGAUCAAGUUCGAAAACGUCACAUUUGGCUACCACCCGGAUCGGUCCAUCUUUACCGAUUGCAGCUUCACCAUUCCCGCAGGCUCCAAGGUCGCUUUCGUCGGGCCUUCUGGUUGCGGCAAAUCGACGAUUUUCCGUCUGCUCUUCCGCUUCUACGAACCUCAGAGCGGACGAAUCACGAUCGAUGGGCAAGACAUCCGCGACGUUUCUCUGGACAGUGUUCGCAAAGCGAUUGGAGUCGUGCCCCAGGAUACGCCGCUGUUCAAUGCAGAUAUCAUGCACAACAUCCGGUAUGGUCGGUUAGAUGCUUCAGAUGCAGAGGUGCAGCAUGCGGCGCAGAGGGCUAAGGUGGAUCAAAUUGUGUCCAAUCUGCCAGCCGGGUAUGAGACAAAAGUCGGUGAAAGGGGUUUGAUGAUCUCAGGCGGAGAGAAGCAGCGACUGGCCAUCGCCAGGCUGCUGCUGAAGGAUCCAGAGAUCCUUUUCUUUGAUGAGGCAACUUCUGCAUUAGACAGCUACACCGAGACAGAGCUGAUGCGCAAUAUCAAUACUACGCUACUGGACAAUCACAGAACAGCCAUCUUUGUCGCACACCGCCUGCGAACGAUCUCCAAUUGCGACGUGAUCUUUGUGCUCCGCGGCGGCAAAGUCUUGGAGAAAGGCACACACGACGACCUGAUGGCGCGCGACGGUCUCUACAGAUCGCUAUGGGGGUCGCAGUCUACCAUUGGGAUAGGACAGGGCGCGGGCGAAGGAGAGCAUAUUCAUGAGCACGAGCAUUCAGUAAAGGACGUCGCACAUAGUGAUGUACAAGCACAACAGUCGAGCGUGGAUUCGCCACGACGCCCAUAGAACAUUGCGCAUUUAGAUGGCAUGUCGCAAUGAUCUUCUAGCCUGCCCAGCUUGUUGGCGAGCUGAAGCGCAAUACGAAGCGCUCGCUGUGGAUGAUGGACCAAUUCAAUGAAUGCAUGUUGCUCGA